UUGGGUUUCUGUGCUCCCACUGGGCAGAGUUUAGCAAAAUGAAUUGAACUAGGGCACCUCGUUUCAUCCAGUAUGCCAAACGAAGGAAAUUACAGCCAAUGAGAUAUUUCAUGUAGGCCUACUAUCGCCAAAACACUUACCGGUAAUGGCGUAGCCACCCGGGCGCUAGUGGGAGUUAUUUGAGGACUCCCUAUUUAAAAAGCGGAUUGAAUCGACACAAGCUCAAGCGGUUUGAGUUUAGCAUCUGACGUUGAAGAGAACUUUAUGCUGUUGUUUCUACAAUCGGAGAAAGGUCUGUGUUAAAAAUGUGCCCAGGUUGGAUGUGAGGUUGGGAGCAAUGAAGUCUUGUCGCAGGGUUACAUUUCGUGACCCCCCGAAGGACAUGUGGACAUAUUGUAUUUUCGAGUCACUGAAGUGCGCCAAAGUAGCAGUCUGCCACGCAGAGGAUGGUUCAAGAGAUGCGUCAGGCUUGUGCUUGAUAUGCCAUGUUACUUCGAAAACGUUACCACAAUAAGUUGUAGGCUUACAGGCCAUCGGAGGCGAUCCUACUACUGCAGUGGAGGCUCAUAUAAACUUUCUAUAAUACAAUAUUAUCAAGAAAACGAGAUGGAGAUGUGGUAGAGCCUCUAGUUAUCGUUGGUAAUGAUAUUAGAGGAAGAAGCACAGGUUGCACGGAGUGUCAUCCUAUGGCCUACAGAGUUUGACGGGGCGAGUUCGAUGAAAUGUGGCUAAGCUAAUCCAUUCUUUCCAUGAGAAUUGCCCAAUGGGUAAAGUGGGCCUACGUCACGUUGAUCGACAAGAGGUCGGCAUUUACAUAAGCCUGGUCUUUAACGACAAGCUGUCAGCACAAUGCCAUUUAAGAUCAAGACGAGACAGAACAACUGAUCACUGGCUGCCCCAGCCCACGUGACUGUCACUGCUCAUUCAUAUCACUAGCGCACAGACAUCCCCCACCAAAUACACGACUGAUUGAAGGAGGCUGAAGGUUGGACCCGGGUGAGUGGUGAUACGUUAAUCAGUCCCCGGGCCCAAAGAUCGGUCAGUGUGGCAGCCACGCGCAGAAACACCCAAGACGAUGCCACAAUGAGCACAUUCUUAGAUUUUUCGGCCAUAAGUGGUGGAGAUGGAGGUGGUGGGGGCUCCUGCACAGUUAGAGCGUUCCAUGGCGACCACGGACUUUCAACAUUCCAAUCGUGUGCUGUUAGAGUAAAUAACUGCAAUGGGGAUGAGCGGUACAUGCCCAGUAGAUCAUCACAAGACGCAGUCCCCCCUCAUCCACAUCAAGCUGUGCCGUACCAUUCCCCCGGAACACUGUCAAUUACCUACAGCGCCCAUCCAAGUUACGGGACUCAAAGUUUUUGCGCUGGAUACAGUCACUAUGCCCUAAAUCAGGAUGUAGAUUCGUCUGUCAGCUUUCCCCAGUGUGGCCCAUUAAUUUACUCUGGAAAUAUUUCCUCUUCCGUUGUGCAGCAUCGUCAUCAUCGCCAUGGUUACAGCAGUGGAAACGCACAUCUCCACGGCCAAUUCCAGUACGCUUCAGCCACAUAUAGUAAUAGCUCGGAACAGGCAAACCUUACCUUUGUGGGGGAUUGCUCAAAUCCGCUAUCCCCUCGGCAUGUGGCCCAUCACGAUGCUUGCUGCUCACCUCUGUCAGAUGGCGCGUCUAUGGGGCAGACAUUCGACUGGAUGAAAGUUAAACGGAACCCGCCAAAAACAGGUAAAGCUGGAGAGUAUGGAUUUGGUGGGCAGCCAAACACUGUGCGCACAAAUUUUACAACAAAACAACUGACAGAGCUUGAAAAAGAGUUUCAUUUCAAUAAAUACUUGACUCGUGCGAGGCGUGUGGAAAUUGCGGCUGCGCUCCAGUUGAACGAGACUCAGGUGAAGAUUUGGUUUCAAAAUCGUCGAAUGAAGCAGAAGAAGCGCGAGAAGGAAGGUCUACUACCCAAAUCAUCGUACGAACCGAAGGACGAUCUUGGAAAACCCGAAAACGUCUCAGAAAAGCCUCUCUCCGCACCAUCCACGCCUUCCACUGCUUCCUCGUCUGUUGAUCCAUACGCCUCGAAUUAAAAGGCUUUGGCAUUUGUUUUGCCAAACUAAUAAUGAUGUUGCAGAAUAGUCAGUGACUCAUGUGUCAAAGUUGCCAAAAUAAUCAUGUUGAUAUACGGACAUGACUAAAUGUGUCAUAUAACAAUGCACUAUUUUGAGACUAUCGAACUAACAUUUGGACUAGCCUAUCAGUGUGUUUUAACUGUGCUACUUUUGUUAUUGUGAAAUGGCUGUUAAUUGUCUUAGGCACCUUGUCAAGCAACUAGAUAGAACAAGUUCUCACAAGUGGUUUGUGUAUUCUUUAUAGCGAACGCUGCACUUUUACACACAUCUUUGCUGGGUCGGACUUGUACGCCGCUUGUUAAAAUGCCUACCUCAAGAAGAAACGGAUGAUAUUGCAAUAUAUAAGGGAUGCAUCUGAUAGAGAGAUUCAUUGUCCUGAUAACUCUCGGCAAAGGCUUGUUUGAAGAUAAUUACACCUUUUUUGGGCCAGGUGUUAUAUGCAUGGUGUUAAGCUAAAUUAUUGUUCUGUUGUAAGUUGUCAAACGCUCACACUGAGUUUUAUCAGUCAGUGAUGUUGCAACGAUGACUCAAGCCUGUUUCGCAAAUCAUGUUUAGAAAAAGAUCAAGAUA